CUGAUCACAAUCGUCUCAGUUCUCUCAUUGCUCCACUGUGCCUACUCGGCCGCUCAACAUCGUUUCUACCUGCGUCUUACUGAGCAACCGUUCGUGAACCUUCCAUUCGACGUUGUUUUCCAAACGAGCAUCUCUCUAGUUGCUUUGAUCUACGGAACGUCUUUCAUCGCGAACCCCUUCCAGUACAUAAAGAAAGAUCAGGUUACAUCACGACCGAACAUGCGACGAAGCUCUCAACUGUCCAUCAUUCAUCACCUUCGACAAUCGUGCCAAAGCGAUGUCACCAGAAUUCGCAGUGAUCCGCUCGUUGAAGCAGCAACAGCGUCAGAGACAAUGCUCAUCACAAGGAACGCACAGCGGACGUGUCUCCGAAGUGAAUCACUCCUCGGAAGACUCGGAUUCCCAAGAAUAGUAACUACUCGCCACUUUUCUAUCAAAUCAUCUCCAUUCGCUACCGAUAAUCGUGAUAAUAAUGCCAAUGACAAAUCCUAUGAAAAGAAGAAAACAUCUAGUCGUUCGCCAGACUUUAAUAAUAUUCCGGGUGCACGUGUUCCUAAAUCUAUGCCGAAGAGCAGUCGAGUACUCGAAAUCAGUCAAACUCAAGCCAACGACGCGUUCAGAACUUGUCUCGACAUGAUUAAAAAGCAAGAUGUCGAUAGUUAUCAAGCAAUCCUGACAAUGAACAAGAAAGCUCAACCAGAGAUAGUUGCGCUGAAUGCAUUGAACGUGGAGUUGGCAUCGAUUCGAGAUAAAGUAGAUACACGGAAAGGCGAUACAUCAGCAAUGUAUCGACUACAGUUUUGGAAAGAUGCAAUUUCUUCAAUCUAUGGAAUCUCGCCUCUUCCAGUUCCUCGUCAACCUGUCGCUAUCGCUCUCUGCUCUUUCGCGUCCAGUGCCAAUCCUGAUUUGCUGCUAAAACUAGUUGAAACUCGUCAAUCAACCAUCGGUGAUCGUCAAUUCUCCGAUAUUAAUGCUUUAUGCGACUAUGGUAAAUCAACAAUCGGGUCCCUCCUGUGUCUCCAAAUUGAUGCUCUUGCUCGUAGUUCAACACAAACCAAAGUUUUUCCAAUGACAUAUGACGUAGCAAAAGGUCUAGGUGCCGCAUACGCAAUCGCCAAUAUUAUCCGUGCAACUCAUCCUCUUCUGGCUCGUGGAAUCGUGCUUCUACCUGCUGAUGUCAUGUCUUUGAACGGUGCCACUCCGGAUAGUCUUUACAAGAAAAAGAAGUUGGAUGAAAGUGUGGGAAUGACAAAGGAUUUAGUAAACGAGGCGAAAAGAUUGUUAGCUGAUGCUCGACGUCAGAUUGAUCAGGUACCAAAGGCUGUACGACCGGCUCUUGCUGCCACUGGUGCCACAACUGACUACAUCAUCAAAACGGUCGAAAAAAACAAGUACGACAUCUAUUCUCCUCAUCUACAACGUCAAAAUCCACUUCUUCUCUGGUCUCUAUUGGUAAAGAAUCUGUGCUCAAAGUUCUAG